AUGCUGCGUCGCCUUCCCAGACCGAGGCAUGCAGUCAUUCGACCGCUCACGCGCUGCGGCGCAUCCCCGCAACGCCGGCAACUCUUGACACUUGCGAUCGAAACCUCAUGCGACGAUACUUGUGUUGCCAUACUUGAAAAACAUGGUGGAACAUCCAUGCCAGAUGACUGGCCCGGGCGGGCGAGGCUACACUUCCACGAAAAGAUCACAGCUGCGAAUACUGGGAAAGGGGGCAUUCAUCCACUCGAGGCACUUGAUAGCCAUAGGAUGAACCUCGCAGCCUUGAUUCAAAGGUCCAUGGGUUCGUUGCCACCAUCCAAUGGACGGGGCCAGCAGUCGAUGGUUGGACCAGACGGCGUGUCCCGCAAGAUCCCUGAUUUUGUCGCCGUUACGCGCGGCCCUGGUAUGCGCAGCAACCUCUCGUGUGGACUGGACACGGCAAAGGGACUUGCUACGGCGUGGCGUAUUCCGAUGGUGGGAGUCCACCACAUGCAAGCGCACGCGCUGACGCCUCGCCUUGUUCACGCGCUCAACAACCGCUCUUCUGAUCCACAACCGGUGUUCCCUUUUUUCAACUUGUUGGUCUCCGGAGGCCAUACCAUGCUACUCCACUCGACAUUCCUGACAUCUCACGCUAUUCUCGCGAGCAGCAUUGACAACGCUAUUGGAGACUGUCUGGACAAGUGCGGCCGCUGGAUACUUCCUGCCGACGUCCUAGCGAGCACGAACGAUACAGCAUACGGGAAGCACCUGUCCAACUACGCUUUCCCCACACCUGACACAUUCAAACAAUAUCCUCUUCCGUCUCGUCGCCGAGAUGAACUGGACAAGCCGGUCAAUGAGUACGGGUGGUCCUUACAGGUGCCGCUUUCAAAGUCUCGCGACAUGAGCUUUUCGUUCGCCGGCAUCCCUUCUCACGUGGAAAGGGUGCUGACCAAGAAACCAAACAUCUCCUACGAUGAACGACUUUUACUCGCACGCACCGUGAUUGGCGUGUCUUUUGAGCACCUUGCAUCCAGAAUAUGUCUAGCCCUCGACCAGCAAGCCCAGACACGCUCUGAUAGGGCGAUUGACACUCUCGUGGUAUCCGGCGGAGUAGCGGCCAACGCUUUCCUUCGAUGGUUUCUACGAGAAACCCUCAAUGCGCGGGGCUACGGAAGUGUGCAACUGGUCUUUCCGCCAGUCGAGCUGUGCACAGAUAAUGCUGCCAUGAUCGCGUGGGCCGGUAUGGAAAUGUACGAGGCUGGCUGGCGAACGUCUUUCGAUGUCUCCGCUGUCCGUAAAUGGUCAAUGGACACGAGCGCCGAGGACGGCGGAAUUUUAGGACUUGGUGGGUGGUAUCAGGCCUAG